AUGGAUUCACAAACGAUACUGAUCUAUGCUGGUGUGGUGGUUGUUUCCGCGGCUGUUAUUUUGCUGGUAUCAAUUUUUGGUAUUAAAGAAAAAUCCUACGAAGAAGCUAUCGCCGAACAACGUAAACUUCCUGAUGACUUACUACUAGGUAAAAAAGACAAGGGUAAAGAUAAAAAGCAUAAAAGUAAAACGGGUAAAAAAGUUAAAGAGAAGAAAGAUGAAAAAGAUGAUAAGUCCGAUGAUAAAUCGGAGCAUGUACAGUUUGAAGAAAAUCCUCAAAUUUUACCCACUGAAAUUAAUGUUCAAGAUGUUAGCAAGGGGAAUAAGAAGAAGAGCAAGCCUGAAAAGGUAAAGCCAAUCCUUGUAAAUAAGGAUGAGUCACCGGUUGUUGUGACUGAGUCAAUAGCUUCGCAGCCUCCGUUGGUAAAUGUCAAUCAUUUUGAUGUUAUUCACCCCAAGGACGACCUUGAAUUAAUUCGGAGUCAAAGUAAGGAAAAUCUCCAGCAGGCGAUUCAGUCAGAAUCGAUGACAGGAAAAUCAUCCCCAAAAGAAACACCGACUAAAUCUAAGAAGAAUGUUGUCAAGGAGCCCGUUAAAAAAAAGGAAGAAUCUAAAGACGAAAAACAAGAAUUGGCUUCGGCAAUGCAGCAGCAGGCAGUAAAAGCUUUAGUGUCGCUUCCAGCAACUGCCCACCUUCCAAAAGAAUCUAAAGAAACUCCACAAAAAGAAAUUCAACAACAGCAACUGCAAAUGCAACCAAAAGAUACAAUUUCAGUUCAGCAGUCUAAUAAAGAGGCUAAUAAGAAAAAUAAAAAGAAAAAUGACAUCCUCGCUCAAAUUGGCGGCGAUAAAGAUGGAAUUCAUGUGUCUUUAUUGAUGCCGUUGGUACAAAAAGCCGAAUUGAGUCGCUCUGAAAUCCAAAUUCUCAUUGAUUUGCUGUUAAACAAGCAAUUGGACAAUCCACAAGAGGUUGCUGAGUGGACUGAGGGCCGUGCUGAUCCGGUAAUAAAAUUAAAGAAACAACUGAGUGAAAAAGAAAAAGCUCUGUCUGAAGAGCAUGAAGCCAGUUUGACUUUCCAGAAUAAAGUUAAAGAACUGAGGGCUGAAUUAAAUUCCGAAAGGUCCAAGUCCUCUGGCACCAUUAAGCAACUUGAAGAGAACCUCAAUGCCAAAACUACCGAGGCACAAACACUUCACACUCGCAUGCAGCACAUACUUGAAACUCACGCCGCGGAAAAACAGGGUUUCGCCCGUCAAAUAGAACAACUACAAGCUAAGGUCAAUGAAGACGCCGCUAUUAUUCAUAAAAUGCAGGAAGAUCAAGGUCAGACACAAGGACAUCUUCAGCAGGAAAUAAUAGCUCAGCGUAAACAGCUAGACAUGCAGUUUGCUCAAAUGCGUGACAAUGAGAAUGCCUUAAAGGCACAGCUGGCCCAGAAACACGUUGAGAUUGAGCAAUUGCAGAAUGUAAACAUGAGCGUUACUCAAGAGCUUCAGGCGACUUGCGAGAGUAGCGCAGCUGAGAUUGAAAUUCUUAGACAACAGCUUGCUAUGAUGCAGGAUCAGUGUAUGCACGUGGAAGGACAAUUACAGAAUUUGCGUGAUGCGGAAAUACGUAUUCAAGAUAUGGCACGGCAACUCGAGGAAUCACAUCGCGCCAAUGCUGAUCUUGAUCAUCGGCUGAAAAAUAUUCAUCGUCAUGAGCAAGAAUUGCAGAAGCAGGUUCACUCUCUUCAGAAUGAAUUGAAGAUUGUGAAGGCUGAGGCUGGUGAUGCUACUGCUUUGAAUGGAGAAUUAAACAAGGUUCAAACGGAAUUAAAUAAACUUAAGUCUGAUUUAUCUGUAUCCCAAAAUGAAGCCAAAACAGAAGCUAUAGAAGUAACUAAUUUGAAGAAUUUAUUGGGUGAUAAAGAGGAGGAAAUUAAGAAAUUUCAAGUAGAAGGACAAAAAACUGGCGCUGUUGUUAAGAAUUUGGAAUCGGCUUUGAAUGAUGCUAGAAAUGAAUUGAGUAAAGCACGUACUGAGCUGGCUAAAGCUCUCGAAGAUUUGAAACAGGAAAAGAACAAAGUUAAGAAUCUUACCGAUGAAUUGAAAAAUGUUAAAUCACUGGAGAACAACCAAGAAGCCAGUGGUGAUAUUAAAUUAUUGAAAGCCGAAAUAGAACAACUGCAGAAUGGUGACAAAAAAUCAAGCGCCAUUCACCUUGAAAUAAUUAAACUGCAGGAAGAAAAUGAGCGACUUAAACAUUUACAGGAGAAUCAAGAUGAUAAUAGCCAGAUUGACGCUUUAAAGAAUGAGUUGAAGAUUAAACAGGGUGAAUUUAAUCAACUUAAAGCUCAAGUCGAGGCUCUGCAACGCGACGCUAAUAAUCACUCGAGUACAGCUAAGCGAUUGCAAGAGGACUUGGAGGCCCAGCGAUUAAAGAACAACGAAUUACGCACUAAGAACUGGAAAGUGAUGGAAGCUCUUUCAGUCGCCGAGUCGCGUGUUAAAUCUGAUCCCAGGAAAUCCAGUGACGACAGCAUUGAGAUGGUGAAAACUAAAGAACAGGAAAUAACAAAAUCACUGCUCCAAAGGAUAUUCCCCGAGAUAAACGUUUCAGCAAAAUCUUUUGAUAAAUGGCUGGAGAUUUUCGAGGAACGUGUACAAGUUGUUUUACAAGAUAACAAAAAUAUUCUUGAGACACAAGAUAUUAAUUCUGAUUUAGAAAAACAAAAUAAAACUCUACAGGGCUUGGUUGCUCAUUACAAACAAAUUAUUAUCGAUACAGAGGGAAUGCUUAAUAAUCUUCAAAAUAAUGUAGAGUCUGAAGAAUCAAGAUGGAAAGCAGACUUACGACAAAAAGAAAACGAAGUUAUUAGUCUAAGAUUAGAAUUACAAGAAAUUAAUAAUAAAACAACACUUAACGAUAAGAUUCACGAACAAAGGGACACGUGUCAUCACAGUGAUGGAGUUGAAUUUGCAUUUAGUUGCAUAGAAAAAUCUCUACCUAACAUCACUAAAGAGCUUCAAGAAAAAAUUUCACAGUUAGAAUCAAGAUUGAAGGGAGAGGAAGCACAGAAAGAAAAAGCCAAUUUAGUAACAGUAAAAACAACUUACACGUCACCUAUUCAAAAAGCUAAUUUUGCCAAAGUUGAACAACUACAAGAGGAAAAUCAGAGAUUAUCGCAAGAUUUAGAGACUGAACGUGCAAAGAAUGAAACUUUAGACAGUGAAUUGAGUAAAUUGCGCACGCUAGUUGAAAAAAGCGAAGCUAUUCUAAGCCAAGAGAAAAUCUCGGUCUCAAAACUAGAGGAAGAAGUCUGCCGAUUGAAGAAUGAAGCUAUCGGUGCUUGCAGUAGUGUGGAUCAGUCUUCAACAGUGAACGGGCCUCCGUCGUCCGACUGCAAUAAGCCGGAGCAGAUGAGAGCGACCCAGUCUUUGUUAGCUGCGAUAGAAAAAAACCUUUUCGGAAACCCGGAAUCUGAAAACUGUUCCAUAACCAGCUCCAAAUUGGUUGUCAAGUCACAACAAGAUAACAACCGUGACUCGUUUACCUCCGAAUUAAAUUCCGAUAAUUGUCAUACGGCUGCUUAUGACGUACAACCUAUUAACGAUCAACAACAUAAAAAACACAAGAAAAAGAGGAAGGGUGGUUCAGGAAAAAAGUAACAUCUAGAGCUAAACUGCGCUAG